ACUCACCUCUCAAACCUGGACUUGACUUGUGUUGGAUGUUUCCGUUCUUCAGAGAGCUCAGCAUGUCGGCAGCGAGGCUGCUCCUCUUGUCUUAUCUGCUGUUCAAAGAGGCUCAUGCGCAGCCAGGUAGUUUCUGGCACAUCACCGAUCUGCAUUUGGAUCGGACGUACAAUCUGACCGAUGCCCCUGAGCUCGUGUGCGCAUCGAGCAACAAAAGACCCGCAGCCAACGCGGGGAAAUUUGGAGACUAUGUAUGUGACUCAUCGUGGCAUCUUAUCAACUCCACUGUGUAUGCGAUGAAGGCUAUUUUACCGGACCCGGACUUCAUCGUGUGGACAGGAGAUAACACACCACAUGUACCCGAUGAGGACCUGGGCGACGAGGAAGUACUGAACAUUAUCAGCAACCUCACUCACAUCAUAAAACAGGUCUUUCCACGCACUAAAGUGUACUCUGCCCUGGGAAACCACGAUUACCACCCCAAGAGCCAGCUUCCAGCAAGACCUAACCACAUCUAUAACCAAACAGCAGCAAUGUGGCAGGACUGGUUGGAUCCAGAGUCCCAGGAAACAUUUAAAAGAGGUGGAUAUUACACAGAAAAGCUGCUGAGUCGAACAGGUUUCAGGAUGCUGGUCCUGAACACAAACCUCUACUCUGACCAUAACAAUCUGACCGUGGGCAUGGACGAUCCAGCGGGCCAGUUUCUCUGGGCCGACCGUGUGCUCUCAGAGGCUGCCGACAACAAGGAGAAGGUCUACGUCAUCGGCCACAUCCCCCCAGGUUUCUUUGAGAAGAAGAGAGGAAAGCCGUGGUUUACACCUGAAUUCAACCAGAAAUACCUGGAUUUAAUUCAGAAACAUCAUUCUGUCAUCCUCGGGCAGUUCUUCGGCCAUCACCAUACCGACAGUUUUCGCAUGUUCUACAGCGCAGAAGAUUCUCCUAUCGGUACGAUGUUCCUCAGCCCCGGGGUCACGCCGUGGAAAACAACACUCCCUGGAGUCGUGGAUGGAGCAAAUAACCCUGGAAUUCGGGUCUUUGAAUAUGACCCCCAAACACUUCUGGUCAAAGAUGUGGUGACGCAUUAUCUGAACCUGACUUACGCUAAUGUGGCCCGUGGUCGCUGGGAGAAAGAAUACCGCCUCACGGAGAGCUUCCGCGUGCCAGACGCCUCCCCGGCUUCCAUGCACCAGGUCCUGGAGCUCAUUGCUAAUAACCACCGCUACCUACAGAAGUACUACGAGUUCAACUCGGUCAGCUACGACCGGACUGAGUGCAACAGAGACUGCCGCGUGGACCACGUGUGCGCAGCCAGACAGGUGGACUUCAACAGGUACGAAAGCUGCCUGAAGAUAGAAGGGGCUGCUGCCAUUUAUGGUGGGUCGCUGUCGGUCCUCUCUGUGGCUGUAGGUGUUGUGUUGGCCAGUCGGUAAUGGACAUCUAUCUCAGACAAUGUUUAAAAUGUAAUAUUGAGGAUUCAGAAAGUUAUUGGAAAUAUCAUAAGACUGAAAUUCAAGAUCAAGCGCUUUAUAUUUUGUGGCCAUGUAAAUAUUUGUUUUUGUUUUUUUAAUGCACAGUUAGUAUCACUUUGAAUCACAUUAAAUUAUAUGACAUCUGCAAUUUAACUGAAUCAUUCACUAGAUUCUAGAUUGAGUUGGGGAAAAAAAACAACCUUUGGCUUAAGCAAUCUGUGGUGUGACCUCUUUACCGUGGUUUAUUGGUACUGGUUGAAUACUUAAUUUCCAGUCAAUCACCCGUGGUAAUCCUUUGGCUCAUGAGGCAGAAGUACAUAGAACAGUGCAGCUGGGAUGUUCUGGACCAAAUCCAGACAUUUGUCAAAUGUUUUUGUUUUUUUACCCCUCACACUUUCCUGUCAAACUCCACUGUCUGCAUUUUAUAAAUCCAUACACCAAUCUCACUUGUAUGAAUGCUGUUUAAGCAGAAAGCAUCACUGCACUGGUAUUAUCUGCAAUUCCACAACAAUAAAUCUAUUGAUUCAUAUUUACGGCACUCAA